AUGUCUAUUGACGAAACCAUGAACGGCAAUAAUGCCACUGGAGUCAAUAAUUCAAUCGAAGAAAUCGUUAUUAAAUCCUUCGACAUUUACGAUCUACGAUUUCCAACGAGUCUGGAUCAAUCCGGUUCAGAUGCUAUGAAUCCAGCAGGGGACUACAGCUCGUCAUACGUUAUCCUCCAUACGUCGAAGCAAGAGUUGGAUGGCCACGGAUUUGCAUUCACGAUUGGACGCGGCAAUGAUCUCGUUUGUGCUGCCACCCGCUAUACGGCCGAGAGGCUUGUGGGAAAGAGCUUGGCAGAGAUGACCAAAGAUAUGGGCAAGACAUGGCGGUAUCUAGUUGGUGACUCGCAACUGCGUUGGCUUGGACCAGAGAAAGGGGUGGUUCAUCUCGGUUUGAGCGCUUGCGUCAACGCAUUAUGGGACCUCUGGGCCCGCUAUCUGGGAAAGCCUGUGUGGCAAGUGGUGGGUGAGAUGACACCUGAUGAAUUUGUAAGGUGCAUCGACUUCCGAUACAUUCUCGAUGCAAUUACACCAGACGAGGCUAUCAAUAUGCUCAAAAAUAUGGACGGCACAAAGAUCGACAGGAUACGGGACGCAAAGAACAAUCGUGCUGUGGCUGCCUAUUCAACACAAGCUGGAUGGCUGGGAUUUUCGGACGAGAAGAUGAUUGGAAAAAUGCGAAGCAUGCUGGAGGAAGGUUUCGACAAGUUCAAGCUCAAGGUAGGGGGCAGUCUUGAGAACGAUAUACGUCGACUGAAGAUCGCUCGGGAUGUGAUCGGCUACGACAAGAUGCUUAUGAUUGAUGCAAACCAAGUUUGGAGCGUUUCCGAGGCCAUCGAGUAUAUGCUUAAGCUUGUCCCUUUCAAGCCCGUUUUCAUCGAAGAGCCAACAUCUCCGGAUGACGUUUUGGGCCAUGCUGCUAUUCGUGCUGCGCUGAAACCAUUUGGGGUUGGUGUGGCUACUGGAGAGCACUGCCAAAACCGUGUUGUCUUCAAACAGCUGCUACAAUCAGGUGCCAUAGACGUCUGCCAGAUAGAUGCCUGUCGUUUGGGAGGCGUGAAUGAGGUUUUGUCGGUGUUGUUGAUGGCCAAAAAAUUCAACGUGCCCGUAGUACCCCAUAGCGGAGGAAUUGGUCUCAACGAAUACACACAACACCUGGCUCUCGUUAACUACAUCUCGUUGGGUGGAGAAAGGGCUCUCUUGGAACAUAUCAAUUCCUUUAGUGAGGUCAUCACACACCCGGUCAAAGAGGCUGGCUACAGCGUCGAAUACAAAUCUGAUGCAAUUAGGAAGUAUGAGUAUCCCCGAGGAGAAUUCUGGAACUCUUCACAUGGACUCACAAUUCGGAAUGGGCUUAAACACUAA